AUGGGUCAUACCACCGAAGAGUGUGUGACCCUGAAGGACAAAAUUGAAGAGUUGAUCCAAGCGGGAAAGCUAAAGAAGUAUAUACGAAACGACCGUCCUCAGGCACCCGCCGAGCAGAAUACAAGACGACCGGCAUACAGGUCCGACAAACCCAGGAACGACUGGACUGAACGCCCUCGUUCCGAGCGAAGGCGAAGCCAAAGCCACAACAGAAGUCGCGAACGUCCACUAAGGGGGCACAUCAACACGAUCUCAGGGGGAUUUGCUGGAGGUGGAUCGUCAUCUUCCGCCCGGAAGCGCCAUGUACGAGCCCUACAGUCCGUGCACUUGGUUGAUAGGCCCCGGUGUACUAUGCCCCCCAUCACGUUCUGGGAUGAAGACUUCCACGCACCCGAUCCCGACCAGGACAACCCAAUGGUGAUAACGGUUGAGAUCGCCCGCUAUGGUGUCAGCAAGGUCUUAGUAGAUCAGGGGAGUUCAUUAAAUAUCCUCUACUGGAAAACCUUCCAGCAGAUGGAUAUCUCAGAGGAUCUCAUCGUCCCUUACAACGGUCAAAUCGUAGGCUUCGCGGGAGAGAGGGUGGACGCCCGUGGUUAUGUGGAGUUAAGAACGAGGCUUGGAACCGGACGAUCCAGCAAAGAAAAGAGAGUCCAGUAUCUGUUGGUCGAAGCCAACACCUCGUACAAUGUCUGA